UCUUGCGGAGGGUUUUAAUUUUGCAUAUUCAGCUGCUGGUAUAAUAAAUACUGUGAUGGAGGUGCAAAUGAAAGGGUCAGGGUAUAACGAUGCAGCGUACCCCUGUAUAGUUCAAUAUAUUUUAUUUCCUCCUCACGUAGUAAUUGGCCCUGGUAGUGCAGAUAAAGAUAGUAUAUCGGAAGAUGAAACAGAUGAAGGUACGGUCGAUGGAGAAAAUGGUGUUGAGGAUAACGAAACAACUGGAGACUUUCAAAUAGUUAUGGAAGUUUGGAUCGAACCCCAAUGUGGCUAUGCUCAGAUGAACUCGCGAAAAAAAGCUGCUUAUAUGCAUUCCUGUGAAUACCAUCAACUUCCUGAAGUGAUAUCCAAAGUAGACAAAGAAUGCAUCAACGCCCUCCUAACCCUGGAGCAUCUUAGCCUAAUGUGUCAAGUGUUACCGCCAAGCAACGACAUCCCAUGUAAUCAGCAACAAACAGGUUUAUCAGGAAAUCAACCAACUAGCAGCAAUGUUAACAAUAACUGCAAUAACAACAUAAGUCUAAACAAAACAACAACAAGACGGGCCACGUACCCGGAGAUCUCGGAAAAUGCUCUCAUCGACAAUCGCAUUCGCUCCAUGCAAUUCGAUUUUGAUACGCUCGGUAUUUUAUCCAAGUGUCAGCAAGCGGAACUUCUAUUCUCCAUGUUUGCCGAUGAUGUUAAAGAUCAGCUGCAAGAAGAAAACAAUGCCAAUGGAAUUUUAAUGGAAGGCCUAUUGAAUCAUAUACAAAAUUUACAUAAUAAAGAACUCAUACUGAGUGCAACGGACUCGAAUAGAUUUACUAAAAUGCUUGCAGCAAGACACAGAGAGGAAGAAUCAAAAUUCUUCUUUUGUAAUUAUGAAAUAGAAAGGAAUAGCAAGCCAAUGUUAUACCCGCGCUGGAGAUGCUUUAUCAAAGGCAUCAGUGUCACUCACGUAAUAGUCACGCUAAUACCAGCAUCAGAGAAUGAUGUGCAUUUAAUGACAUAUCCGGAAGAAGAAAUCGAUCGUCACGUUCUCACUACUCCUGUAUUUGAGCACCAGCAAGACGACUCGACAAGUGAACAGUUGGAUUAUAAGCAACUUGAGGUGUACGGAGAUAAUAGGGAACUAUUGCCAUCCGCGGAUGCAUCGUCCAUUCAAAUUGCUUCUGACAUCUUGGAGAGCAAUGAACUGGACUACUUCAAAAACGCCUUGGCUUUCAGCUCGCCUAAAACGACAGAUACGUACGAAAAGUCACUGCCAUCGACUGUCGAGAACACAAAGCGCGGACUUAUACUACCGAUAUACGUGUAUGAUUGUUCCUUGGCAUUGCUCAUCGAUGCGCUCAUUGAGAAACUUGAAAGACCGAGGUUCAAAGACAUCUAUCAUAACCAUACCUAUCGAAUGAAUGAACAACUCCACGAGGAUUUUAUAAAUCUCAAAUCAGCUGAUACUACAAAGCCGUCGUCACCUGAACCGAAGAGCGAAGACUCCGAUAAUAUUCCCAACGAUCAACGUAAUCUCACGGAACACUGCAAGGUCUUAAGUUUGGCUCACUGCCAUUCUUAUGUGGUGGCAGUUUACAAGUCUCUGGUUCUUCAACAACCAUUAAACUAUGAUGACAUGGAUGCAGCGGUCGAGCAGUGUGAGGAAUGCCUGAUUGAAAUCAAUAUCACGGAUUAUUUGCGAGCUGUUUGUCAACAUCUCAGAACACCCGACAAUGAAGGGACCCCAUGUAGCGAGAUGCGCAAUAUGCAUAAUCUAAUUAAGGAUAAAUUUAAGAAGAUCAUUAAUGUUGCCUUUAAGCAAGUGCCUGUACAUCCUGAUUUCUACUACUGUCUACCAUCCUGGAAAAAUGACAAACUGGCUGAUGCGGUACCGCAAGCAUCUUCCGACAGUGAUGACGAAGUACGUUUUAAUUCUGAAGCAAUUAAUGGAAAACUAUGUAGCUCUAUGAAAAAAGUUAAUCAUAUCGGUACGAUCAUGUGGUCUGGAAAUGGCAUGCACGAACGUUCCAAACUUUCUAAAAGCUCUGAUUCAACCGACUCUUUCAUCAGUGAUCUACAAAUGGAUGCAGAACACGAUCAUGAUCAGCCCUUAUUUCUUCAACUUAAUUGCUCGAUUCACUCCAAGUCCAGCUUUUCCAGUACUGCCGUCAAACUUCUUCCAACUUGCUUUACUGAAAUUACCCAAAAACUCGACGAUUACAAUCUUAAAGAUUGCGGCGCUUCUUCUGGUUUAAAAAUCACUCUUGAUAUAAUCUGUCUAAAUUUACCAAAGGAAGUUCUCGAAGUAAGCAUCCAGAAUACACCAUCGGGCCUGAGAACAACUUCGUAUUCUAGCGAAAGUAGUAUGCGUGGCGGCCCCGAUAAUAAUGAAAAUAGCUUUGACAGACUUCAGACAGCCGAGGGUGAACAUAUGCACGAGGGCAUGGCGAAUUUACCGAGUCAUCAGUAUGCCGCAGUGUCAAAUCUCGUUGAGGAAAUCCAUUGGCUGCUGAGAGACGAAACCGCGGCAGUGCUUUUGGAUAAGUCCUCGCCUACGGAAGAGACGCUGAAUUUUGUGGCCAAGCAUGUAGCCAAUUCAAAUAACAGAACAAGCUGUUACAUGGAUAAAGUGCCUUUACAUUUCGUUUUCUCGUCGGAUAACAGCCUGCCAAAAUUUAUGGAGGAGCUUAAGAAAUUAACGAUAGAUCGAUAUUGUAUUCGUCAAGGAGGCAAUUUAUUUUACUUUGUAAAAAAGACAUUAAAUACGAAUAAUAUUAUCUGUGUCGAUGAUAUACAGCAAACGUCUUUUAAAGACGGAUCUGCGGAAAAACUCUUAGACGAUGACAACUCGGUUUUCAUCGGAGACGACUUACAGGUUCCAACGUCUGUACGAGUAAAGAAGCAAGACUCUGGCGAUCCUCCCGGUUAUCAUUCGGAAAUAUCGAGUAUCGGCGACAAUCAAGUAGGUACAGACGAUGGCUACGAAGGGGACAGUAGCGACUCCGAGGAUGACUGUCAGUGGCUUAUUGAUCUCGAUCACCGACGAGAUCUUCUUCCCAAUUUCUGGCUGAUACUGCGCGUUCAGGAUGGCCAUGUCAAUGUUUAUUUUCACUGCCGGUUUCUCGAACUUACUUCAUCGGAAGUCGAUCGUUAUCAACAAGUGCAAAAAACUGCAGUACUACAGAUUAAAGCAAUAUGUCAAAGAGUCAAUCAGUAUUUGUUACUACGUGAUUUACAUGACAAACGUAUGUGUGAUCAACUACUUGAGCCUGAGUCUAUUGAAGACCAUACGUGGAAAAAUGCUGAAAAUAAUUCUGAAAGCAGCUCGUUACCGUUACAAAAUCAGAACAGUAAUGCGACAAACGUCUCACCAGGAAUGUUUCGUUGUCCCAUUGUAUGGGAGGUACCAUUCUGUUUGCAUCACCGUUUGAAAACUGGACCUGGUAAAACUGGUAUGUCCCGCGGUAUCAAAGCUCUGCAGGCUGUGCUUAAUCGCUUCUCCGUGAACAACCGUAGUAAUAUGUUCGUCUACCAGGAAAGCAACGGCAAUGUCUUUUACUUAAGAUUACACGAGCGGACGAGCGAUGACAGGCCACUACAAAGUAGCAAGCUCUCGGAGAGCGAUGAAAGGCUAAUGGUAUCACGUAGUAGCAGUGUAGCUUCGUUAUCGCAGGCCAAGAGCUUAGGGAUAUCGACGGAUCAGAGCUCGUCGUCGUCGACUUCGGCAAUGGAUUUGCUUAGGCCAAGAGUUCGCUCUUUCGGCGAACGAGAAUCGGAUAUAUUAAACAAAUCUGGUGAUUCGAUUGUAUUAAUGGUACAUGGUAUAUCAGAGGCUGGGCCGGAGGUGAGGUGUGAGCUCGUACAAGUAUUGCAAAAUCGUCUAGACGACGCCGUUCUCGAGGUUUUAUCCGUUAUGUUAGCGAGGAAUCCCAUGUGCAAACUCACACCGUCAGAUGUCCACUUCAUUCAACGACAAUAUCGUGCUCCCGAAAGCGUUAUACAAUUGUCUGUGCAGCAAUGCUGCUUACGUCAUAUGGGCGCACUCGGCUACUACCUACGCCAGAAUAUACUCCAAUUUCUUUAUACGCCCAAAUACAUCGAUACAAGGGCACACUCUCAUUUUCAAGAUUACUCGCAAUCUGACGGCUCGAGCAAAAGGGUUCCUGAAAGUGACAUUUUUUUAUACAACCAGAGUCACUCGAGUGGAAGCCGAGGGAUAGCGUGCAUUGCGAUCGCAAUCGUUAAUGAGAAAGGCGAGAUUAUUGCCACGGAGAACGAGAAUGUUUUUGAUUCGAUGUUCCCUAUUUGUCCGGAGAUUCGCGACUUUGAAGAAAUCGUUUCGACCGACGUAUAUUGGGGGCAGAAUUGUGAUAAAAAUGAAUCGCAAGAAUUAUCAAAAGCUUACAUUGAAUUUCGUAUAUGGAAACAAGGCCGUGUGAACUUGGAAUCUCUCGUGCAAAAGUUAAAAGCCGCCGUUAGACACGCAAAUUGGGAUCUAAUCACUGAGUAUAAUUUUUUACCAACACCUUUAGCCGAGCCUCUAUAUGAGAAUUCCGAAGAUAUUGACGAGGCCGACGUGAGAAAUAAUCCCUUGGAACUGAAUGGCUACGAAUUAGGUGAAAAGGGAAAAUUAAGAAGAGUUUAUCAAACAACAAUGGCUUACUGGUUUCAAUUUGCACUGGAUUUGUCUGCGCCGGCUAUAAAGAAACACGUGGUCAUUUUGGAAAGACGACACUCCCUGCAAGUAAUUCUAAAGGAAUUACAAAAUCUCGUGCAUAGUCAUGCGCUUGAUACAACGGCGCGUACCUUUGUACAAUGGAGCAGACAACCAUUUAUCGACAACAGGUUAACUCAGGAUGAAUUAUUACUCAGCAAGACUCUAGAAAAUGCCGAUGGGAAUGUCAAAUGGCUAUCAAAAGCCUCCGAACAGGAAAGCUCGGACGAUUUGAUUUUCUUGCCAUGUGAUGUGACGCAAGAGCAGUCAGAAAUGUACGUUAGGAGUAUUUUAAUUGCCAGAAAUUUUAAUCAGUGGAAAGCAUCAUUUAGUAAUAGAAUCGAAUCUGAACAACUUAUUCCAAAAGAUCAAAAAUUACUUCAAAAAUUUAACCCAUUAAUUUUAGAAAAAACUUUCGUACCCAGACAAAGAUUGCUUCUAGCUAAAAUACAAAAUCAACAUAUUAUUCUUUAUAUGUACAACUGGUCCAAGGAACGUUCCGAAAAAUUAAUAAAACAAGUAACAAAUUUGGGUCUCUGGCUAUCUUCUAGAUCAAACAUAUAUUCCAACAUAAUAAUGCAAAAACUUGGAAUAUUUCAUCAUCAACCUAUUAGAAACUACGAACAAGAGGAGCAUAAUCAUUCUCAAUACUACCACAUAAGUGAUAUGGAAAGUCUCGCAAAAUUUCCAAAUGUAGGGCACGCUGAUAACAAAGAAUGGCAACGGAUUAGUAGUCGGGCACAAACGGGUAAAGGUGCAAUGCCAUUCUCAUGGAAUCACAUGAUGGGUCAAGUGAUGCGUGACGCAAAACCAUGUGGUCAGUAUCCUCCAAAUACCACUGAUCCUGUGGUGAAAGCUGCAUACGAUUUUCAAGAGCUUCGACACAAGGAAAAAAAAUCUAAAGAUGACCUUAAUAAGCUUCACACCAUGUGGCAAAGUCGUGGGGCCGUGCCAAAUAUUCCGAUUUCUUUGGCUACUUUAAACACUUUUAAACAACAUUCUCGACUCAUUCACUAUUGUCACACACCUUUGCUAUUCUUACCAACAUGGCGAUUACAAUCAGCAGCGACGAGAGACCAUUCGCUGACACCGCCUCCGCUUCAUUUACCUCUUAACGCACAACAACGAUCAAGAAGUACUAGCGAUGCAUCUAUGAAAAAAAUUGUUUCUAAAUGGCACACAGAAAUUUGCGAAUUAAUGCUGUCUGAAUAUAAACAGUACCUUCAAGUAUUAGGAUUUAAUCCAAUUCAAAUAGAAUCACAACAAAAAAUUGAAGAGGUAUCAAUUCUUAAUCAAGCCUUUUAUCUUAAAAAGUCUAUGUUAGGUGGGGUAUUAUUGUUUGAAAUUCACUUAGCCGAACCAUUUUUUAUCGUUAAAUUACGAGUAAUCGAAUGCAGUCGAUUACAAGCAAAGUCCAGCAGUGCCUUAGUAAAUCAGUUUAUGUUGAGUUUCGUAGAUGUCUGUGAUAAGAUAAAAAUAAAUAUGCAUUUACAUUCCUUCACCUACGAUUUUCAUCUACGAUGUAUACAUUCGUAUAUCGCUGGGAAUUGCCAGUGGUCAUUGAAACACGGUUAUCAUCUUACAAAUUUUUUGGACGAUUUCAAUAAAUAUUAUAGCAAAGCGCCUAACUAUGCUAGAAAUUUAAUCUACAGUGGUGUCGUGACAGUGAACAAUUUAGUGACACCUGCGCACACUUUGUACCAGUACCUGCUCUCACACGAGAAAACCUAUGAUAUGCAAGUGUUCUCGAUGUCCGACGACUCGGACGACACGCAACAAAGCGAGUACGUUCUGGUAAGACUACAGAGCACACCUCUACUCAGCUACCAUGACGCCCAAGACAUCAAGUACACGGACGACUUUGACGUCGCACUCAUUGUCACUUGGCUGGAACAGUUCUCUCAGCCAGACAGCCGCGACAUUACCCUUAAAUAUUACCUGAUGCUCACGAGCAAGCGCGAACUUUAUCCCAAGCGCGAGGUCGAGAGCAACAAUAAAAUUGGCAAAUUUCGCACUGUAUAUAGCGUCGUCAAAUCCAUGACCAACUCCCAAAUGGACAGCCUGUCCGAGUCAAGUCCCGUGUCGACCAAUUCACCUUCUCUUGGUAAGCAGGUCAAAAGCGAACUACUGUCGAGUUCGAGUGAUCUGCAUGCCGAGAUCACCAAUACCAAAUGGGACGCAAACGCCCCAGAAUCAUUAUCAUCGGUAAGAGAUUACGAAGGCUUAGAGGCAAAAAGUCUAAAAGAGGAUAUGCAAAGUCCGAUGGCCCCAACACCACCUCCGGUACCCGAAUCGCCACUCGCCCCCAACAUUCUCAACAGCACCAUGUCCUACUCGAACCUCACACAGAUUCGCCAGGAGUCCAUCAAUUACUUGGGCUAUUACUCAUCGCACGAGCAGCUCAUGCAGCAGCUCAUCAUGUCUCAAGCGAACGCCGCCCGUCGCCACAUUAGCAAUAUGAUUGAGCAAGGAGCCCUCCACUGCCGCACACACUUACUUUGGAAUCGUUUGCUCGAGAACAGAUCUACCUUAACGUAUGCCGAAUUCACCGAGCUCCGUUCGCUGGCUUGUGUCGAACCUUUAUCGAGGCUCGACCCAAGACUCAAUCCCCUAGUCAAUCAGCCGAUCGUCUGGUACCAAAGCCUAGCCAAGCUUCUACAAAACAAGUACCAGGAGUAUCACAAACAAUUUAAUGCUCCUGAUGGCAAUAUUACACAUCAUCUUAUACUGCAUCCGAAUUACGUGCAGGCGUUUAUGAUGUUGACUAUUGAUAUGCACACGUCCAGGGGGGAAUUGUAUGCCGUUUACAGAAAAACUGAAGGAACCAUAAGUACACCGUUCACUGUUGGAGAUAUUUACAGUUUGAUCGAGGACUUUGUUAACGCCUGCUGUUUUCACCUUUGGGUGGGACUUUGCUCUUAAAUACUAUGUUUAU